AUGUCAAAACCAAUAUCAAUGGACAUUCUGUUCAGCAUAUUCACUUUUUUACCCGUCAAAUCUCUCCUGCGCUUCAGGUGUUUGUCCAAAUCAUUCUUUUUUUUAAUCGACAGCCCGGAAUUCAUCAACUCCCAUCUGAAUCUCCCCUCUCAAACCGAUCAGAAUCGCAAACUCGUUCUCGGCGAUUGCCACCUCGAGGGCUACAUCUACAUCAUAGACAUAGAUAAUUCACCAAUUACCAGUCCCGUCAAAAUCGAACGCAGGUUCAAGCCUUCAGUAAAAACUCCUGACAAUUUCAUUCCUGUAAAUCCUGACGGCGUGUUCGGAUCUUGUAAUGGUGUCGUUGCCAUGUAUAACAAAGAAGGAAUCACUCUGUUGAAUCCCUCGACUAACAGGUUCAAAUCUUUUCCUCUCUGGAUCGUCGAUAUCCUGUAUAAUGGAUUCGGGUAUGAUUCAGUUUCUGAUGAUUAUAAGGUGGUCAUGGUCACUAAACUAUUUUCUGAAGAUUUUUUAAGAGUUAUGAUAUAUAGUGUGAAAAAUAAUUCGUUAAGAAGGAUUCAGGAUCUUCACAGUCCUGAACCUAAUUCGUAUCGCGACUAUUACGAGUAUUCUGGUGUUCUUGUUGGUUCCUUCUUGCAUUGGGUGGCAAGACCUCGUUACGACGAAUCUAGUAAUGACGGAUCUUUAUAUUAUAAUUUCAUUCUUGCGUUUGAUCUUCGCGAUGAAAAGUUUCAUGAGGUCCCAUUGCCCUUGCCGCUUCCACGGGAUACAAGAGAUGGAGAUGAUAAAGUGUUGAAUAUGGUAUCAAAAAUCGGAGGAUGCCUUAGUAUGAGCUAUUGUUUUCGGGGUUAUGUGGAAAUUUGGAUUAUGAAGGAAUAUGGAAUUCAAGAUUCUUGGACUAAAUUGCUUUCUUUACAUAGUCGUCAAAAUCUUAAUUUUAAUUCUGGAUUGAAACCUUUAUGCUACUCAAAAGAAGGUGAUAAAGUUUUGUUGGACUAUGAUAAAGGAAAAGAGCUCAUUUUGUAUGAUCUAAAGAAUCAAACUUUCAAUAGAAUCAACAUUUUUAAAUCCUCCAAAUACAAUAAAAUGAAGUAUGGUGUGUUUAAGUCUGGAGUCGUAUGCGCAACGACCUUAGAAUUUCCUAAUGUUAAUGGCGGAUCGAACAAUAGUUGCAAGAAUUUGCCAAGAAGGAAGAAAAAUAGCAAGAAAUUUUGA